UUUUGGGUGUCAACAUCAAAAACAAACGACUUUGGCACUAACUUUCGGACGUGUUUGUACGCAGCUCAGCAAGUUUAAAGGCACGAGGUGGAAGAAAAGAAUGAGCACAUCAUCUGCAUCCAGUCCUAGGGAGAGGACAUUCCAGUAUGAGGACUCACUCCCUUCGCUGAUUCUGCCCCCUCUGGAACAAACACUGCAGAAAUACUUGGAAUCAACCAAACCAUUUCUGACUGAAGAUGAGUUCAAGAAAACUGAGGAGGUCGUCAGGGCGUUUGGAGAUGGAAUUGGACUGAAACUGCACCGUAAACUACAGGAAAAGGCACGCACUAGCAAAAACUGGCUGGAACACUGGUGGGAAGAGCUAGCUUACAUGUCCGGUCGAUCCCCCCUUGCAGUGCAGUGCAAUAUCAACGGUCUGGGGCCCUACAACGACAAUGUCUGGCACCCUAUGGAGGGCACUCAGUGUGAACGGGCUGCUAUUUCCAUUUGGUACCAGAUGGGUAUCUUCCUAACAUUGAGAAGAGAACAGUUUCCAGUUGAUAAGAGCCGCACUGGCAAGGCUUUCUCCAUGAAUCAAAUGAGAGGGCUGUACAACUGCUCGAGAGUACCUGGUGAAGUCAGAGAUAAGUUGGUGCGCUUUUUCAAAACAGAGCGAGAGGGACCAUGUCCCAAUCAUCUAGUCGUCUUCAGUAACGGUCACAUCUUCAGUAUGAGACCCUUUGAUGAUAACGGACAAAUCAUUCCUGCUCAAGAGAUCUACAGACAGCUGUGUUACAUCAAAAAGCUGAGUCAGUCUCGAGGUCAGGCUGUAGGCGUCCUAACGGCAGAUGACAGAACUUCUUUUGCCAAGGCGUAUAAGCAUCUUCGGUCGCUAGACCCUGUGAAUGGGCAUCAUCUGGAUCAUAUUGAGCAGGCUGUUAUUACUGUACAACUGGAUGAUGCUUGCCCAAAGACACCAUCAGAGUUCAUGGAAGCAACUAUUAAGGGAGACGUGUACAGUCGAUGGGGAGACAAAUCCUACAACUUGAUCUGCUUCAGCAAUGGAGUCAUUGCUUGUAAUGGAGAUCAUGCUCCAUUUGAUGGUAUGGUCAUUGUUACUAUCAAUGAUGUGAUAUAUAAACAGCUUGUCAAGACGUCUGGGCAAUGGCCGACUAAGGACUCAGUGGGUACGUCAUACAAAUCUCCUGAGGAGCUGAUCUUUACCGUUGAUGAUGUUAUCAAGAGAGCUAUGGAGAAGGCCAUCAAUACCUUCAAUACAAAUGCGUCUAACUUGUUGGUCCUGGCCAGUAAGUCUGUGGCUUUUGGUAAACGUUGGACUAAGCUACACAAGCUACAUCCUGAUUCUGUAUUCCAGCUGGCACUGCUGUUCGCUUACUAUUCGCUGCAUGGCAAGCCUGCUGCCACGUAUGAAACGGCGACAACGCGACAGUUUUACCAUGGCCGGACAGAAACUGUGCGCUCCUGCACCAUAGAGUCAGUCAAAUGGUGCCAGGCCAUGCUGGAUUCAUCCAAAUCGACGUCAGAACGGCAAGCGUUAUUCCUUGCGGCCCUCAGGAGGCAUAACGCGAACAUGGCAGAUGCAGUGAAUGCGCAGGGUUGUGAUAGGCACCUACUGGGUCUACAAGCAAUAGCCAUGGAGGAUGGGUUACCCAUGCCUGCAUUGUACACUGAUCCUGCUUAUACGAAAAGUGGAGGAGGUGGGAAUUUCAAGUUAUCAACGAGCUGUACGGGUUAUUUCCAGACCCAGGGAUUCUGUGCCCCCAUGGUUAAGGAUGGCUAUGGGGCGUUCUAUAGUAUCUUGGACAACCACUACAUGCCGUGUAUUCUCACCUUCAAGUCCGACGAAGGGACAGACAUCAAGCGGUUUUUUGUCUCUCUAAACACCAGCUUGAUGGCCAUCAAAAACCUGUUCAUGGACAAUUCUAAGAUGUAAUCAAAGAUGAACAUGUUUGAUUGAAGAAGAACUUUUGUGACGCAUACCUUCGUGCAGUUUUCUCCCACUACAGGUAAGCCGGUUCAGUUCGAUAGAGUGGUUUAAAGACACUGGACACUAUUGGUAAUUGUCUAAGACCAGUCUUCUCACUUGGUGUAUCUCAACAUAUGC